CCCAUUUUUAUUGUGGAAUGUUUCAGUCGAAAAUUGAACGAUUAUGGAGUUUGAUGGUACUCCAUAAAAUUUUCAAACAGUUCUACUUCUCUCGAGUUUUCCUCAUAUGCAAUGAUAUCAUGAAGAAAGCAGGAACCCUUAAAAAACCGAUCAGGAAAGUAUCCACGAAACCCGCCAAUUCUUCGUCCAAACCCAACAAAGGCAAGCGUAAGACAAAAUUUACCAAAUCUAGUUCAGAAUCUCACUCGGCCCCACCAAUUAGCGCUUCCCUCUCAAGUUUUUUGAAAAAAUGGCCAAUCUUGACCCCAGAUUUCUUCCAAAUCGACGCUCUCGAUCUCGCCCCGCGAUUGCUCGGCAAGUUUCUGAGGAGAGACGAUGUUGUUCUUCAGAUUACUGAGGUGGAAGCUUAUAGGCAAAAUGAUUCAGCCUGCCACGGUCGAUUCGGAGUAACAGCAAGGACUGCUCCUGUGUUCGGCCGUGGUGGACAUGCAUAUGUAUACCUUUGCUAUGGAAUGCAUUUCAUGCUAAAUGUUGUAGCAGACAAAGAAGGGAUAGGAGCAGCUGUCUUGAUUCGUUCUUGUGCUCCCAUCUUUGGGUUGGGAACCAUUCAAGAACGACGUGGUUUAAAAACAGAGAAGCCUGUUCUUCUUUCUGGACCUGGAAAGAUUCAAAGCUCAUGGUCAGUCUGGCAAUCUGAAAGGAUGACUAGAUUCCAGAAUUUGAACGAAAAAAUAGAUUUGUUUUGUAGGUUGGUCAAGCAUUAGGGUUAUUGACAGAAUGGUCCAACCAUCCCCUAUAUACUCCAGGUGGUCUAGAAAUUUUAGAUGGACCAAAUCCUGAAGAAAUACUGGUGGGACCAAGAGUUGGUAUUGACUAUGCUUCUCCAACAGAUGUUGAUGCAUUAUGGAGAUUUGCAAUUGGAGGUUCCACUUGGAUUAGUGCUCCUAAAAAUACUCUUAGACCUCCUUGAUUGUGGAGCACCAAUGUAUGUUUAAUGCAUGUAUAGAAGAGAAACACAUCUAAACAUCAUGGAAGCAGCAACAUAAAAUUUUUGACCCCCCCCCCCCCCCCCCUCCGCUGCAUAGCACAAAUGUAAACAUAACUGUUGUCAUUGAGCUGGACACGAGUAGUUGGGAGGAAACCACAUAAGAUUGUUUAUUCUAAUCUUGUUUGUGGCCUUUGUAAAGAAGGAUCCAAGCUCUGGGAUGGGGAAUGGUGUUAAAGUUUGAGAAUAU